CCAACAUCUGGUCAGGACUCAGAACCUGAACCAUCACCUGCACCAGAAUCACCAACAUCUGGUAAGAACUCAGAACCAACACCUGAAACAUCACCUGCGCCAGAAUCACCAACGUCUGUACAGGACUCAGAAUCAACACCUGAAACAUCAACUGCACCAGAAUCACCAAUAUCUGGUCAGGACUCAGAACCAACACCUGAACCACCCCCUGCUCUAGAGUCACCAACAUCUGUACAAGAUUCUGAACCCUCCACUGAACCAGAACCUGCGCCAGAAUCACCAACAUCUGUGCAGGAUUCUGAACCCUCCACUGAACCAGUGCCUAUGUCAGAAUCACCAACAUCUGGUCAGGACUCAGAACCAACACCUGAACCAUCACCUGCGGCCGAAUCACAAACAUCUGGUCAGGACUCAGAACCAACACCAGAACCAUCACCUGCACCGGAAUCACCAACAUCUGGGCAGGAUUCUGAACCCUCCUCUGAACCAACACCUGCACCAGAAUCACCAACAUCUGGUCAGGACUCAGAACCAACACCUGAACCAUCACCUGCAGCAGAAUCAUCAACAUCUGGUCAGGACUCAGAACCAACACCAAUCACCAACAUCUGGUCAGGAGUCAGAACCAACUCCUGA